AUAAUCUUAUCAGGAGGAAGUCUGAAGGAAAGGCGAGUUACAGGUGAUAAGAAAUGAGCGUGUUCAUGGCCUGGCUGCUGCUGCUGCUUCUCCUGGUCACCUUCGGCUCACCUGCACCCAGGUUUUCGGAAAAAGACAUCUGCCUCCUAGACAACAAUAAAUUAAGACAAAAGUUAAAACAGCUUCAAGACUUGCUUUACUUGUAUGAACUGCAACUGAAGGACAUCCUGGAGAACACUUACCAUAGAACAAGAAGUGGGCUGUUCUUAGGCAACAGGAGCGUGCAGCAUGAGAUGCUUUUACCCACAACCAGUGGAAAUUUGAUAGUCUAUGACCAAGAUUGCUCUGCAGUGUAUAAUCGGAAGAAGACCAAAAGCGGCUACUACCAGAUCAGACCCAGAGCAGACCGAGAGCCUUUCCUGGCAUACUGUGACAUGUCUGAUGGCGGGGGGUGGACCGUCAUUCAGCGGCGGAGUAACGGCAAGGAGAAUUUCAACAGGAAAUGGGAUGAUUACAAACUGGGAUUUGGGAAAUUCCAGGGCAGGAAUGAUGAAUACUGGCUGGGCAACGACCACAUCUAUGACCUGCUUGCUAGAGGAGAGAGCUCACUAAAGAUUGACCUGAUGGACUGGCAUGGGGAAAAACGUUACGCAGUCUAUGAAAAUUUCCAGCUUGCAAACGAGCAGGACAAUUACAGGUUAUGGUUUGGCACCUAUUCUGGUAACGCUGGAGACGCUCUGUCUGGUGGGAGCAAUUUCGAAGAUCAGUGGUCAGCCUCUCACAGAGGAAUGCAGUUCACCACAUCUGACAAGGAUCACGAUCGUUUCCUGGCAGGCAAUUGUGCAGUAGAGAACACGGGCGGUUGGUGGUUUAACAGGUGCCAUGCCGUAAAUCUCAAUGGACGAUACUACAGAACAGGAAGGUACAAUGGAUCCCAUGACAAUGGCAUUGUUUGGUCUACGUGGCAUGGGAUGUGGUACUCGCUAAAAUACUCAGCAAUGAAAAUCAGGGCUCCUUUCUUUGUUGACAGCGAGAGUGGAGAUGGUGAGAACAGUCAGGGCAGCUGA